AUGAGCAUAAAACGUAGGCAUCAUCUUUUAUGGGAAUGUCCGGAUGCUCCGAAUGUAACGGCGAGUAUUGUGUGUACGGCGUGCGGUGCAGCCGGGCAUAUUGCGAAAGAUUGCAAGAAUCCACGUCCUGGUGGCACGGGAGCGUUUGGUUUGAAUGCUGGAGAUGGAGGAAUGGAUGAUGAGUAUUCGGCAUUGAUGGAAGAGCUUGGUGAGAAACAACCAGCGAAACCGUUCAGUGGGCAUGGUGGUAAGCAAGGUGGUUUUCAACAUGGUGGCUAUAAGGUACGUUUGUUUGUUUGUUUGUUUCAUUCUUCAUCUGUUUGCGCACGCACAAAUUCAUAG